UCACCUUAAAAGUUUUUUUUCGCGAAAAUCUGAACGUAAAAUUAGGUAAGAUCGAGUUGCUUUUUUUCAAACCAUUUGACUUUAUUUCUUUCUUCUCGGCUGCUUCAUCUUAUCGGCUGUUGUUCAUUUUUUUUGUUAGUUUUUUGUUCUCGACUGUUUUUAUUUACAUAUUUUUUUGGUGUUCAGUUCAUUCAAUCCUCUCAUCAUCAAGUAAUCUUGUUGAUUAGUUAACCUUUAAUUUUAUCAAUCCAUUAAUCAACACCAGUUUAAUUUAUCAUCAACACCAUGGCUGAGGAUCUAACGAAGGAACAAGUUCAAAUGCUUAGGAAAGCAUUCGACAUGUUUGACCGAGAAAAAAAGGGUUACAUUGCCUGUAACAUGGUCUCAACCAUCCUGAGAACAUUGGGUCAGACUUUCGAAGAGUCUGAUCUUCAGCAAUUGAUUGAGGAAAUCGAUGCUGAUGGUAGUGGUCAACUGGAGUUUGAUGAAUUCUUGACCCUUUGUGCUCGUUUCUUGAUUGAGGAAGACGCUGAAGCCAUGCAAGAGGAGCUCCGAGAAGCCUUCCGUUUAUACGAUAAGGAAGGAAACGGUUACAUCAAAACAUCAGAUUUGAGGGAAAUUUUAAGAGCUCUUGAUGAUAAAUUGACUGAAGAUGAGCUCGACGAGAUGAUCGCUGAGAUCGAUACCGAUGGAUCAGGAACCGUCGACUUUGAUGAGUUCAUGGAAAUGAUGACAGGAGAUUAGACGGUCGGAUUGACAAUCAAUGACUUCAACAUCGGAAACAAUUAUUCAUCGAAGAACCAAAUUUAAUCUAAUUACACAAUCUAUUGUAACAAACGAUUGCACUUGGUGUUUAAUGUUAAUAACAACAAAGUGAAGUUUGUUAAGACAAAUUGCUGCAAAUAAAAACUUCAGC